AUGCUACGUUGCAGCAUGCUUCGGCGUAGCAUGGGGCCUGGUGCCAGCUAUGUCAACACCGUCUUUGACACGGUGGCUAAAAGGUAUGACCUGAUGAACGAUUUGCUCUCGCUUGGUAUACAUCGAAGGUGGAAGCAACAUUUCGUGAAUGAUUACGUGCGCCCAUGUCCUGGUGGCAAAUUUCUGGAUGUUGCUGGGGGCACAGGUGACAUUGCCUUUCGAAUUAUAGACGGUGUCCGAUUAAAGGAGGAAGUUUUUGGUCUUGUGCCAACAUUGCGGUAUUUGACAGAGGUGGUAGUGUUGGAUGCCAACGAAAAUAUGAUUCGUGAGGGAGAGGCACGUGCAGCUCGAGAGGGAUAUCUUGACGUCAAGUGGGUUAUUGGCAAAGGAGAAGAGUUGCCUUUUGAUGAUAUGAGCUUUGAUAGCUACACCGUGUCGUUUGGCAUUCGUAACUUCAGCGAUCGUCCUAAGGCGCUACGUGAGGCCUAUCGUGUGCUUAAAGUUGGCGGUGUUUUGAAUGUUUUAGAAUUUAGCAAAGUGACAUGCCCCUUUUUGAGUUUGCCAUACGAUGUGUGGUCGUAUGGCUUUAUUCCCAUGGCAGGACAAAUACUGGUAGACAGGGAGAGUUACCAAUAUCUUGUGGAUAGCAUACGUGCCUUCCCGGAUCAGGAGGAAUUUGCAAAAAUGAUAAGUGAUGCGGGGUUUGGGUAUGUUCGCUAUGAAAAUCUCACGGGUGGUAUUGCAUGCAUUCACACAGCCGUUAAGACGGAGGCAGUACGAGUAAAACCUGAGAAAAGCCCUUUGGAGUCGGUAGCAACGAAGGCAAAGGAAGAAAAAAACAGCGUGGAUGAUGAACAGCUCAACCCUGCGUAA